GGUGAUUCAGCGAAUCUGGCGUUGUUCGGCAACAUGAGCAGGCCUUCGGAAGAAGCGAAGGGUAAAAGUGGCAAUGGUAUUGCCGUGAAGGGUGGGGUGGAAACAGGAGAAGCGAAGGCGAGGUUGAUUCGUCUGGAAGAGGUUGCAUGCUUUCGGCGGAGAAUGGGCAUCAAGGUGAAGGGUGAAGAAGUUGCGGACCCGAUGGCGUCUUUCUCGGAGAUGCCAUCAGCGUCCACUUCGAAGGAGGCGGCCCAGACGAGGCGUGUUCUUUUGCACAACGUCGAAGAGUCUGCGUGGAAGGAACCCACGCCUGUGCAGAUGCAAGCAGUGCCCAUCCUUGUUGCUGGCCGGGACUUGCUAGCAGCGGCCCCAACGGGCUCAGGAAAAACAGCUGCCUUCGUAAUGCCUAUGAUACUCAGGCUGGGGGUGCAGCGCGCAGACCCUCAGGCGUCUGGUGUACGAGGCAUCUUGCUCGCCCCGACCCGUGAGCUUGCUGCGCAGAUACAUCGUGAUGUGGUUCGUCUCUCGCGCGGGCGAAGGUUGCGCGUAUGUCUGCUGACGAAAGCGGGUGCAACCAAAGCCGCGGCUGCGACGGGCAUGGACAGCAAGAACGCGCUGUCUGGGUACGACAUCGUUGUGUCGACCCCGAUGCGUCUUGUGGCGCUUGUUCGUGAGAGGGCAAUCUGUUUGGCAAGCGUCGAAAUGGUGGUGCUGGACGAAGCUGAUAAGCUCUUUGACGCAGGAGCAGCGUCUGGUGGUAGUGACAAAGCUUUCAUCGGCCAGGUAGACGAAGUGCUGGCGGCCUGCUCUCAUCAACAAGUGCAGAGGGCAUUGUUCAGCGCAACCGUUGGGCAGCAGGUAAAGGAGCUAUCAGAAAGCGUCCUCCGCGACCAUAUAUUCCUUACGGUGGGCACUCAAAACUCUGGUGCGGCAGACAUCGACCAGCGCCUGGUGUAUGUGGGGAGGGAGGAAGGCAAACUGCUAGCUGUCCGGCAGCUGGUCCAAGAGGGACUGCGCCCUCCUGUCCUUGUGUUUCUGCAGUCCAAGGAUCGUGCCAAGGCACUGUUCCACGAGCUCGUGUACGACGGCAUCAACACGGACGUAAUGCACGCCAGUCGAACUCAGGACCAGCGUGACAACAUCAUCCAACGCUUUAGGACCGGUGAAAUUUGGGUCCUCAUCUGCACGGACCUUGUUGCACGAGGCAUUGACUUCAAGGUCCAAUAGAGGUGACUAUAGGAUUGGAUUAUCUUGAAGUUAAAGGGCGGACGAACAACACCAAAAAAACAUGGUUCUUUGGGCUCUUUGCUCCACGCCCAAGGCGACCUUUGCUCCUCUUGAAAAAGCGACCCAAUAGCCCUCUACCUUGGGUUUACAGCUAUACUACACAACAAACCACAUCCGAAUCGCAUCAGCCAACCACGAGAUCUACAUGUCUGAAAACGGCCCCUCCUAUGGGGCUGCAGCACCCACAACAGCAGACCCUCCCAAAAAAAAAAUCGAGGUCCGCGCCGUUCGGCAGCAGGAGGCGCGCUGCGCAAAAGCUGAAUCAAAACAAAAAGAAGCUUGAAGAGAGGACGGGGCAGUGUAUGGUUGCCGCGUCAGCAGAAGAUAACACGCGGCGCGCUAUCGAACGCGGCAGCCUCACCGUCGUAGAGAGAACGCUGAAGGAAACGAAAGAAGAGUUGGUCAAAAGAAAGAAAAUUGUGGAAGAGAGCCAGGCUCAACCUCGCUGCCGCCGCCGCCGCUGCUGCUGCUGCUGUUUUUCUCAGCAGCAGCAGCGGCGGCGGCAGGUGUCUGCGUGGCUUCACCGCCCGGCUGCUGCUCGGGUAUGUCAUGAGGCAUGUGCUCUAGAGUGGGACCGCGCAAUGUUGUUGUGCUGUGCCGCUGUGCCCCAUAGCAGGGCGCAAAGCACACAGGCGAGCCGCGCCCUCGCGCGUGUGCGUCAGAGGGUCUUUUCGGGAGGUUCCGACGGUUCCGUGCAAUUUCAUUGGUUGGUCGAUUU